AUGGCCACGCAGCGCGGCGGAGUCCAGGGGGCCCGCUCCGGCGGGAUGACGCACCACAUCCAGGGCCCGCAUCUGAUCCCCAAUGUGGGGAGGGAGGCGAUGCUCGUGGCCGAGGUCAUUCGCCGGAGGCCGAAGGCAAAGUCCAAGCCGGCGCUGGCAAAACCACAGGUGCAUGCUACUGAGAAGAAGGUGCACAAGAAAGAGAGGAAAGAACCCAAGAAGAAGAGGCGGAAGGAAUCGGAGAGAUCUGGAUCCAACUCCCCUCGAUCUCGAUGCUCUCGUUCCAGGACAAAGGCCCGGGAGCGCGACUGGAGUGCCGAAGGAAGCGAAGAAGAGGAGGUUGAGGCCUUCGGCGCUCCUGAAGAAACUCCUGAGCUGAUGCCUGGCUUGGAUUCUGAUCGUGAGGCUCGGCGGAUUGAAGAAGAGAGGAAGCAGCUUCAACUUUUAAAGGAGGUGCAGGAGAAGCGGCGAAAGCAAGAGAGCGAGCGGAAGAAAAAUUUGGGAGGCAUCUUUGCCCUAUCCGAAGAUGACUUCGACAAGGAGGAGCACGAGCAAGCCAAACGGGCUCAGGCAGCGCAAGAGGAAGCCCGGAGCGAGAAGCAGCACCUCCGUCAUCCCACCUCGUUGAGAGGCUCCCAGUCGAGAAAAGACAGCACCUUGCUAGAUGAAAGCGCUCCGGGAAGUGGCUUUGACAAGUGCUGGAAGAACUGGGAUUUCACAAAAGCCGAAGAUCCGGCCGAAGUGGCCCGGCAGUUCAUGCGUGUGACUGCGGCCAAGCGGCGGGGUUAUGGUGCCCGCGAGCGGCCCCCGGGUGCGCCUGCUGAUUUGGAAUUUUAUCCGGAGGCGUGCCCAGCCAAGAGAGUGGAAGAGAUGAGUUUAGAAGAGCUGCUUGACAGCGUGGAGGCCAAAGACCGCCAGCAAGCAAGCAGCCACAGGCCAGCCAAAGCAAGCGGCCUGGAAGCAGAGAUGAGCCUCAGCGAGCUGCUCGAGGUGCCGGAUCACAGGGACUCCACCGAGGCCCAGGUGAAGGCAAAUCUCGGCGUGGUGCAGGAAGAGACCUUGGAUGCCUCUUGGCAGUAUUGGACUGCUGUCUCCCCGUGCUUGGUUGAAUUGCCGAGCUGCCAGGACUUGUGCGAGAGCCGAGGCAAAGGCGGGGCCCCCAAGCACCGAGUGAAUGCAAAGCAGACGCCUGCGCGGGAUGAGGAUUCGCUGUUGGUGGCUCCACCAGGAAAGUGGACAGAUGCCUUCAUCAUCCUCAAGGUCCUCCGGUGGGCUGCGUGUCAAGGCCUGGAGCUCUACUCGUCUGGCCCUGUGGCUCGAGAGAAGAAGAGUGACAACCAACUGCCCACGAAAGCUGCGGCUCUCCAAUUUGCAGAGUCUCACAAGGUGCCGCUGGGUUUAAUCGCAACGUUCGUCAUCACUUGCGCCAUAAUUAUUGGCGGCGAGAACCUCGACAGGCUUCCUGAGAGGCAGGUGGAAGCCGAGGACCACUAUGGGCUGCUGGGAGUGACCCGGGACGCCCAAGCUGCAGACAUCAAGCGCGCCUACAAGACGAUGGCCAAGCGCUGGCAUCCAGACAAGAAUCCAAACUGCAGCUCUUGCCAGGAGACCUUCUCCAAAAUUGCUGUCGCAUACGAGACACUGUCGGAUGACUCAAAGCGCGCUGCUUAUGACGAAGCCGGCGGUGCAGCUGCGUCAGAAUUGACGUCUCCCAAGAGCGUCCCCUUGAACAAGGCAAACUUCGAUGAGCUUGUGACCUUCUCCAACGACGUGUGGAUUGUGCAGGUCUUCCGACCAGACAAUCACCACUGUGCGAGUUUUCAUCCUUUCUGGGAGAACCAGAUUCAGAAGUACCAGCACCUGGUCCGCUUCGGUCGCAUCGAUGUGACCGAUGACCAGGCCACCUGGCUUCCCUUGAAAAUUCGGGUGCUGCCGACUGUCUUGAAGUUUGCCAGGCACUUGGGAGCCGUGGAGAUUUUCCCCGUGACGCAAAUGCAUGAGACACCGCAGGCACUGACAAAGUUCGUGCUGACAUCCUUCCCGAACAUCGGCUUGCCGCUAAGCUCGGACAGGUCCGCUCUCACAUCGUGGCUGAGCCGAUCAACGCGCCGUCACAAGGUGCUUUUUGCUAUCCCGGGCAAAAGCGAGGAGGAGAGAUACAAGUCGCACCUGGUCCCACGCAAGCUCGCUGCUCGAUGGUCCGAGGUGUUUGAGGUUCGCUCGGCCGAGACGGAGCUUCUUCACAGCUUGCCAGCAGCCCAGGUCGUGGAAGCGAUCCCGUCGAAAGAAUCAUCGGGUGAGAAGGCGGCUGCUUUGCUCUUCCCCGCCGGGGGAACGGAGCCAAAGGCUAUGGCGACUUUCUCGUGGCCCACAGGAGAGGAGGAGAUUGUGAUGGAGCUCAUGCGAUUCACCGAGAUGGUUGGAGUCUCCUUGACUGUGCAAAGUGCUGAGUUACUGUGCCGGUCGUUGGCAAUGCAGAGGGUCUACUGCCUCGUGCUGCUCGACUCCUCCACGGCAGCCCUGUCGCGUGCAGCACGCGACUUGCGAGAAUCUCGGGCAGAGUACCAGUCCGAGGUGGCGCAGAUUCGAGCCUCGGGAGGCGAAGUCUCCGAAGACGAGGCCGUGGAUAAAAAGCACGGCUUUGGUGUAAGGCCCGGACUCGACCUUGCUUGCCGGACUUACGAUUCCACGCGCGUUCUGUUGGGGCGGAAUUUCUGCGAAGGUGGAAAGGGCGCUUGCUGGUUCAUCGGCUUUCCUGAUGGACCCCUUGCGCAGCAUGGCAAGAAGGCCUACGAGGACAGCUUGAACUGGGUCGAUGCACUGGACCUCCGGUCAUUACCAGACUGCAGCGAGGUGGAGCUUACGAAGGAAGUGCGGCUGGCAGUCUUCUUGGCGGAGAUUCUCGCGAAAGCUGUGGCUAGUGGAUCUCUGCUUUGGUCUCCGCCGUUCUUGCGCUGGUCCGGCGCUCGAUGCCAGUCUUUUCGGCGAGUGCGGCUCUUCAGCUACGUGCCAGAGAUGUUCCAGUCGCCCGAGCUUUUGGUGUUUCUGAAUGUUUUGAUCUCUGGGCCCGAGCUUGAAGUUUUGGCCUGGGAUCAGUGGGCACAUAUAGCAAAGGCCCUUUUCCACUACAGUUUGGUGCCUGGCGUCUUCGCCUAUGGACUGUGGUACUCGGGUGAGUUUACACUCAAUCCCGCAACGCUGUUCGCAGUGGCAGGCCACUUCCCACCGCGUCCUUGGACGGGAAGCCGAAAAUGGAAGCACCGCAGGAAAGAAGUGGAGCCCCUGGAGAAAACGGGCAAAAAGGUGAAUGUCAGUGCCUUCUACGCUUUCAUGUGGCGGCGCGAAGGAUUGCGACGACGCCGGGAGCUGCUGCGGCUGCCGCCGGAGAAGUGGACGAAAGACAACGUGAUGGCACGAAUCCGACUGACGAACGUCAAGAGGGAAGACGACCGCACAACCCGUGUGAUGCGGAGGAUUUGCAACAACUACGUGGACCGGCAUCCCGAACUCCGAGAGUUACGGAAGAUACCAGUACGCCUUUGGGACAGCCACCUGCAAAUGUCGGCACGCUGGCUUGUUUUCAACUUUGCGCUGUGGCGCGCCUUUGGCACCGACACCUUUGCCGAGUCCAUAGGUUUCUUGACGAACCGGACCUGGAGCAAAGACGUGCAACAGACUGUCGUGCAGGCAGCCAUCAGGCGGUGGAGUUCAGGCCACUUCAACUACACCGAUGCCUAUGAUCCCUGCCGCAGCAACCGCCACGACGAAAGGAACGCCCGGCUUUGUGGGGGAGUUGGUUUGGUCCAACACUUGUACAGCAGGACUUGCGCAAGUCUUGCAGGCCUUUGGCAAGCCUGUGACGACAUUGCGGGGGUUGCGGUUACCAGCAGCUCUUGGCAGAAAGUGACCCGGUGCGUGAUGAGGGUGAGCGGCUACGGAGGGACAGGAUUUCUGGCCAAAGAGCUCGUACAGGACCUGCUGCACACGCCUCUCUUCCAGUCGUGGAGUCCGCAGCAAGCAAAGUGGGUGGGCCGAUGCGUCGACCUAAACAGCUGGUGUGCAGUGGGUCCGGGUGCGCGCCGCGGCUUGAACCGUUUGUAUGGCCGAAGGGUCAACUGGAAUGCCUACUGCGACGACGAUCGCGUGGCACAUCAGUUCCUCCGUGAGCUCCAGGAGGUCUUUGAGGAUCGCAAAAAGUACUGGCACGGCGAUUUGGAGGGCUUCCCCAUCUUUGACCUUGAGCUUCAUGACGUGCAAUUCCAGCUGUGUGAGCUGGAUAAGUACGAACGCGAAAAGAAAAAGCCCGGCCAAGUCCGGCCCUACUUGCCGCCAAAGGUGGACCUGGCUGAAGUGGCUGAGCUGGAGGAGGAGGAUUCGGAGGAUGAGCGCGUGUGGGUCACGCUGGCGAAGCGUGCAAAGCCUUUAGCCCCCGCGCAGAUCGUCGACGAGGAUGUGAAGGAGGAUGCGCCGGAAGAAGCGAGGGAAGAACGGUUGAAGUCCUUCAUUGACUCCUGCUUCGCCGACUUCGACCGCAACGCGAGCAAGGUUCGUGAAGCAAGUGUUCCUGGAAGCCUCCCGCUAAGUGAAGUUGCUUUAGAGAAUUCAGAGACCUCUCUGUGA